AGCUGCAAUUAUAUAUAUAUAUAUAUAUAUGAUGAUGAUCGCUUGGCUAAUGCCUUAUAUAUAUAUAUUCAUAUAGAUUCAUCAAACGCCUCCUCUCUCUUUCCAGAGGUCGAAAAGGAGAGUCACAGAGAGAUUGAGAGAGUGUGUUUGUUGGGUCGUCAUCCUUCACUUCCUUUCUCUCCACUGUGAUUUCUUCGAUAGCGUCCUGACAACUCCUCCUCUUGCCUGUUUGUUCCUUCAUACUUUCUUGAACAAAUCCACUCUUUUGGCUCUGGAAUCGAUCAGAAUCAUGAAGCCUUGAGGCUUUUCCAGGGGAUUUUUUAUCAAUGGGUUGGGGAGAAUCGAGGGUUUGGGAGGCUAAGAAAGAUGGGGUUUCUCGGGAUUCCGGAUUGGGGCUUCAGUGGAGUCUCCCGGAGGGUUCUUUCCACCCGGGCGGCCUCUUUGCUAGUGUCGGCCAAGUGGGAAACAUGGGGUUCGGCAUUUCACCAAAUUCGCCCAAUUCUCGGGACAACAAUGGCGGAUUCAAAGUGCCUUACACCGAUUUGUACGUGAAGUAUAUGUCGUCGCCGGAAGGUGUACGGAUUGUGGGUAUUCCCCAGGAAACGGAUGUGGAAACUAAAUUGAAGAAGAAAGGCGGGCUUAAACUCAAAAUCAAGAUUGCGAAUCCUUCGUUGAGGAGGUUGAUAAGCGGGGGUAUUGCCGGGGCCGUGUCGCGGACGGCCGUUGCGCCAUUAGAGACGAUUCGGACGCAUUUGAUGGUUGGGAGUAGCGGCCAUUCUACUGCUGAAGUUUUCGACAAUAUUAUGAAGACGGAUGGGUGGAAAGGAUUGUUUAGGGGCAAUUUCGUUAAUGUUAUUCGCGUUGCACCGAGUAAAGCAAUAGAGUUAUUUGCUUAUGAUACAGUCAACAAGGCUUUGUCCCCAAAGCACGGGGAACUGCCUAAACUCCCUAUCCCUGCCUCACUGGUUGCCGGAGCCUGUGCUGGAGUUAGCUCCACUUUGGUAACUUAUCCAUUAGAGUUGCUUAAAACACGUCUAACCAUACAGGGAGGUGUUUAUGAUGGCCUGUUUGAUGCAUUUAUAAAAAUAUUGCAAGAGGGGGGACCCCGGGAGCUCUACAGAGGCCUCACCCCUAGUCUUAUUGGGGUAAUCCCAUAUGCUGCCACCAAUUACUUUGCUUAUGACACAUUAAGGAAAGCAUACCGGAAAGUAUUCAAGCAAGAGAAAAUCGGCAACAUAGAGACCCUUCUGAUCGGAUCUGCUGCUGGUGCGAUUUCAAGCAGUGCAACUUUCCCACUGGAAGUGGCUCGCAAGCACAUGCAGGUUGGAGCUGUGAGCGGGCGAGUGUACAAGGACGUGCUCCAUGCUCUCUCGAGCAUACUUGAACAAGAAGGAAUCCAAGGUUUGUAUAAAGGGCUUGGCCCGAGCUGCAUGAAACUGGUGCCUGCUGCUGGGAUUUCAUUUAUGUGCUAUGAAGCUUGCAAGAGGAUACUGGUAGAGAAUGAGGAGGAGGCAUAGGGGAGAAAUUUCAAAGGAACGGAGGAAAUUGAGUUGAUAAUUUACACCUAUCUUUACUUUACCUAUAUAUGAUGGGGGGCAUAUAUAUAUAGGUGAAGAUGGUAGGAGAAAUUUUUUAUUUAGAUGGGAGUUAUGCUGCAUCUUUUUGUGCUGAAUAUUUAUUUACUUUGGCUUUCAUUCAGUCCUAGGAGGCCGGUUUUUGGAGUUAAAAUGAUGUCUUUAACAACCCAUUACUGAAAUUUUUUUGAUUUCUUCUGAUCUGAAAA